AUGGCAUCGACGUCAGAUAUGCACGGGUCGUCACCCGUCCCAACCUUACCCCAUCCUAAUGACAACGGUCGCACGCACAUAUCCUCUUUGUCCUCCUCGUCCUCCAUUUCCGACGCGGAAACAGAUCGCAGAGGCCGACCGGAACGUCCUCGUAUGGCCAGUCGAAAACCUAGUGCCUCGAUCCUUGUCCCGCGAGAUCACCCCGAAAUUGAAAUUGAGGAGGAAGAAUUUCCGCCCGACGACGCGAGAGCCAUGAGUCCCCGACGCAAUUCCGCCGAUUUGGAACGACUGGGAAAGGAGGCCCGCCAGACCUUGCAGGAACAAGCAAAGGCUCUCCAAUCCUCUCUCCAAGCCCUGGCCGAACGCAUCGAAGCCGUCAAGUCGGAUCACGACAAGCUUGAAAACGAGAACAAAUUCCUCCAGGAUUACAUUGGCGGGCUGACUCGGAACAUGACCAAGAGCGAAAUGACGAGAACGAGUACGAAGGUCAGAAAAUCCCAGAAAUAA